AUGCUUCGUCGUCCAUUAACACGAAUUGAUAUUAAAGUCGAUGAAAUUGAAGAUUUAAAUCAGGCCAUUCACGAACCUAAAAAAGUUAUGUUUCGCCGUCCAUUAACACGAAUUGAUAUUAAAUUAGUUGAAAUAGACGAUUUAAAACAAGUUAUUGAAGAAAAACAACAGAAACAACGAGCCUUUACAAGUGAUAAUAGUAUAGGAUUAGAUACACCGUUGAUAUUGUCAACAACUGUUCCAUCAAAAUGUUGA